AAAAAAUUACCAACACAUAUCUUCAUAAAAACCCUUAAUAGAAUUCACCUGCUUUGCUUAUAGAUUUUUCUUUACAUUUAUUUUUCUUGCUCAUAGUCUUAUAGAUAGCAACUCUUGAGUCGUCAAAUCCGAUGCAAGGUGAUUCUACUAAUGUACUGGCAACCUCAGCCGGCGAUACCGGUGAAGUUGGGGGAGCCGGAGCUGCGACUGGAACCGGAACCGGUUCCAAUUCAAGUGAUCAAGAUGAUAAGAGUCUUAAGGUUGAAGAAAGUGAGCGGUUGAGUUAUGGUGCAAACCGGUGGCCAAGACAAGAAACUUUAGCCUUGUUGAAGAUAAGGUCGGAUAUGGAUUCUGUGUUUCGAGACUCAAGUCUUAAAGGUCCAUUAUGGGAAGAGGUUUCCAGAAAACUAGCCGAUCUUGGUUAUAAUCGAAGCGCCAAGAAAUGCAAAGAAAAGUUUGAGAAUGUGUACAAAUACCACAAAAGAACCAAAGAAGGUAGAACUGGAAAAUCCGACGGAAAGACUUAUCGAUUUUUCGAUCAAUUACAAGCACUCGAAAGUCAUCAUCAUCAUCUUCAUCAACCUCAAUCGGUUUCAGCACCACCACCACCACCACCGCCACCACCAAAACCUCAACCUGCAACCGCCACAGCCACAUUGCCAUGGUCUAAUAAUCCUCCCAAUGUUUCUCAUGUUACUGUUCCAUCCACAACAAAUUCUACAGCAAAUAUUAUCAUUACGUCACAAAAUAAUAAUAGUAAUAUCACCCCAACAGAUGAUCAACCGAUAAGUCCUAUGCCAUUAUCUUCUUCACAGCCCAUAAUUAAUACCAAUUCUCAUAAUAUUUCACCAAAUUCCUUUCAAAACCUUACUUGGCAUCUCUUUUCGAGUUCUACUUCAUCUUCGACAGCGUCGGACGAAGAGUUACAAAGUAGCGGUGGGAAGAGAAAAAGGAAAUGGAAGGAUUUUUUUGAAAAGCUAACUAAAGAUGUUAUCAAGAAACAAGUAGUUCUGCAAAACAAGUUCUUGGAAACUAUAGAGAGACUCGAACAGGAAAGAAUUGCACGCGAAGAAGCUUGGAGAUUGCAAGAAAUGACAAGAAUCAAUAGAGAGCAUGAAAUUUUAAUCCAAGAACGAACAACUGCAGCUGCUAAAGAUGCUGCAGUUAUUGCAUUCUUGCAAAAGAUAUCCGGACAACAAAAUUCAUUGCAAUUGCAUUCUAUAGAUAUUCCACAUUCUUCUAUAUUCACACCAGCAAUGGCGCCAGCACCAGCACCGGCACCGGCACCGGCACUGGUCCCAGUGCCCGUGCCAGUGCCAGUGCCAGCACCAGCGCCACAGUCAACGCCACCAUCAGCUGUUGCUUCGGUACCAGUACUAACGAGUCCAGAUGUGUCAAGAAAGGAUGAUGGAGAAAGAGCCAUAGUUAUGACAAGUUCAUCAAGAUGGCCAAAAGUUGAAGUUCAAGCUCUUAUUAAGCUAAGAACUAAUCUUGAUACUAAGUAUCAGGAAAAUGGACCUAAAGGGCCAUUAUGGGAAGAGAUCUCCUCAAGAAUGCAAAAGCUUGGGUACAAUAGAAGUGCAAAGAGAUGUAAAGAGAAAUGGGAGAAUAUAAACAAGUAUUUCAAGAAAGUGAAGGAGAGCAGCAAAAGAAGACCUGAAGAUUCAAAAACAUGUCCGUAUUUUCAUCAACUUGAUGCUCUAUACAAAGAAAAAACCAAGACAAAUGAAACUGGCUUUGUUCAUGGUGUUAACCCAGUAUUAAGCACGAUUGACCCGUUAAUGGCAAGGCCUGAACAGCAAUGGCCUCUCCAACAAGAAAACCAAUCUGAGACAGUUAUAGAGAUUAAUGGACGAGAUAAAUUAGAUCAUAAUAACAUUGAAGAUGACGAUGAAGAUGAAGAUGUCGCCACCUCAGAAGAAGAUGAAGGAGGGGGAGGUUUUGAGGUUGUAGCAAGCAAACCAGUAGCUCCAAUGGGGAAUGGUGAGUGAGCAAGACAAGACAGGGAAGACAAACUUCUUACCUCUCAGAUAUUUACUGCACGGUAAAACACAAGAUAAAAUGGGGUAAAAUAUUUCCAAAUUCAAAUAUUUACUAUGCUGGCCUGCAUCAGAAGAAGUGGAGAUGAAGUUCUUGGAUGUGUCUUUAAUUUAAUUUAUGCCCAUACACACAUGGGUUCCAUUAUUCUAUAGUGGGGAUCAUGAGUCUCUGUUUUUUUUUUUUUUCUUUUCCGUUUACAAUGAUUUUUUAUAUUUGGGUUUUUGAAGAAGAAUUAUUUGUUAAUUGUUUGUUACAUAAAGGAACUGCUUGUGCAGAGCUAUAUAUAAACAGACUUUCUGCACAAAAUAAAUAAAGAAAUAUAGAAUUAGUGUUUGUAUCUUAGUUUGUGUCUAUUAGGGGAGAUCAUAGAACAAAUAAAGAAACCACUCCUGUAUCUUUCUUUCUGUUCAUUGGGUGUAAAUGAUGAGAAAAAUGGUUUCUAGUGGCUGUCUUUA